AUGGAUCAAUCUACCGAACCCAGCGGCGAGGAAAGCCAUGCUUUUAAAUGUUCCCUAUGUCAAAUAGCGAACGAGGAUGUCACACUUGUCUGCAAUGGCAGCGAAUGUGAAAGCAUGUGCCACCCAGGUUGCGCCGAGGAAAGGGUAGACGGAGUAGGUUGGAUCUGCGCAGCGUGCGAGGCUGAUGCCCACGAGCAGAAUCACAUGACGUUCAGAUCAGGAAAGCUCGAGGAAACGGUUCCUUCAAAGGAAUACAACACAACCCCACAAGGUGGAGACCCGGACGAGCAAGGAGCGGAUGGAGCCCCUACAUCGAAGAGGGAAGCACUGCACCUGCGCGAGGAGUUGACGUUGUUAGAAGAAGAGGACCACAUUCUAAAACUGAGGCAGCAACUACUGCAGAGGCGAAGGGAGCUUCUGUCGAGGUCCGCAGCGGAGCGGGCUGACCUCAGUUGGACGGCAAAUGUGCCGGAGGCAUGCAGUACCCAAGCGUGCCAGAAACCCCAAGUGUCGAACAACACAUUACUGGAUGUACCAGGGUUCAACAGUAAGAAGUCAUCUUACCCAUGGAUGUUGAGUACCGGCGGGGAGCGUGACACUGUAGUCAUGUCGGGCCGACCAGCAGCCAGAAUAUCAGCAGAGCAGCUGGCUGCGCGGAAAACUAAUGUUGCUGACUUGGUAAAGUUUUCCGGAAAGCCUGAGGACUGGCCCAUGUUCCUGGCCACGUACGAACAGUCGACCGAGCUAUGUGGGUUUUCCGACGCCGAGAACCUGAUGCGGCUGCGCCACGCACUGGAGGGUCCAGCAAAGUUAGCGGUUCGGAGCUUAAUGCUACACGCAGACUGCGUUCCGCAGAUAUUGUCCACAUUGGAGAUGCGUUUCGGAAGGCCGGAAAUAAUAAUCGAUUUGUUGCUUAAACAAAUAAAACAAUUUCCCUCGGUGAGGGAAAACAAGUUGGAGAACAUAGUCGACUUUGCUAUGGAGGUGCAAAACGUGUGCGCCACCAUGAAGGCGUCCAAGUUGGAGCAGUACCUCAACAACCCUGCUCUAACGCAAGAAUUGGUAUCCAAACUGCCAUGCAUACUCCAGACCUUUUGGGGCAUGCACAAGAUGACUCUACGUGUGUGUACCCUGGCAGACUUUAGCGCAUGGCUCUCGCAGAUGGCGCAAGGAGCGAACAGCGUUAUGGUUCCCAGUUCGCAAGGAAGGUCUGAGAGGCGAGGAGUGGUGAAUACGCACGUGGUGCGUAAGGCAUGCAAGGUGUGUCUAAAGAACUGUGGAUCAGUUCAGGAGUGCAGAAAGUUCCUGGAGAUGACAACUUCAGAUCGUUGGAAGAUGACCAGGCGAUUAGGACUAUGCUGGCGGUGCUUCUCAAAUCACACAGUCCAGUCUUGCGGUAUGGCUGGCACUUGCGGCUUAGAAGGGUGUCAGCAGAAGCACCACCCAUUGCUACAUCGGGAGAGCCGUGAAGGUGUUCAGGCUAACUGUAAUGCUCAUCGUCAAGACGCAGCAGCUGCUGUGCUGUUUCGCGUCGUACCAGUGACGCUUUACUCCAAUGGGAAUCAAGUUAACACACACGCCUUUUUAGACGACGGAUCUUCUCUCACCCUGAUUGAUGAACCCCUGUUGGCGGCCCUAGGAGUGAAGGGACAACGACAGCCUCUCUGUAUGCAGUGGACCGCAGGGAUGCAUCGCUACGAAGACGAAUCCGUUAGAGUGGAUCUUCAAAUCUCGGGUGCCGGCAUGACCAAGGUAUACAAUUUGAGAGAUGUUCACUCUGUCAAAGCACUUGAUCUCCCGGCGCAAACGUUGGAUGUCGACCAUCUGAAGAACAAGUACAAGCACCUAAGACACUUACCACUAGGAGGCUACGCUGGAGCCCAACCGAGACUGCUGAUCGGUCUUAACAACUGCGGUCUUGGACGCGCCCUCCGCACAAGGGAAGGCAGUCUGGAGGAACCCAUCGCCGAGAAGACCCGACUAGGAUGGACGGUUAAAGGCGGUGGAACAACGUCCUCUACGGAUGCGGAAAUCAGAAGAUAUCAUGUAUUCCAGAUAUGUGCUUGUGAGGAGGACAACAAUAAAGAGAUUCUGCGACUUCUCCGACAACACCUGUGGUCGGAACAGGAAGUGGGUUACGGAGCGGAGUGUAAAUCCCAAUCUGAUGACGAUCUUCUGGCCGUCCGGCAAUUGGAGGCAAAUACGAUGCGCGUCGAAGGACGGUUUGAGACCAGCCUGCUGUGGAGGCAUAAGGAUAGUGAUCUACCCGAUAGUCUGCCCACCGCCCUCAAGCGAGCACAUUGUCUUAAUCAGAAGCUGUUGCGUCAACCAGACCUGGCUAGCGAGGUGCGACGACAACUAGACGAGUACGUACGGAAAGGAUAUGCAAGACCAAUCUCACCAACAGAAGCAGUUGAAAGCCCUUACUGGUAUCUGCCAAUAUUCCCCGUAGUCAACGUUAAUAAGCCGGGAAAGCUUCGCAUUGUGUGGGACGCAGCCGCAAGAAGCGAGGGUAUUUCACUUAACUCUCUACUGCUGAAAGAGCCAGCUCAACUGGCGCCUCUGGUGCCCAUACUACGCAGGUACCGAGAAAGGCGAGUGGCCAUCGGCGGAGACAUUGCGGAAAUGUUUCACCAGGUGAGAAUACGCGCAGAAGAUCAAAGGUAUCAACGCUUCAUAUUCAUAGACCCGGAAACGCAAAAGCGGGAGAACUACGUUAUGCAAGUAAUGACCUUUGGGGCAAGUUGCUCCCCAAGCUGCGCGCAAUUUGUGAAGAACCGAAAUGCCAGUGAAUUCGAGAAGCAGUAUCCGAGAGCCGUGAAGUGCAUUCUUGAGAAUCACUAUGUAGACGACAUGCUGGAUAGUGUUGACACAGAAGAAGAGGCAAUUAACUUGGCCAGAACCGUGCACCAUAUACAUUCUCAAGCGGGAUUCCACAUACGAAACUGGGUUUCCAACUCCCGAACAGUCCUGGAGGCACUAGGACAAGAGAAGGGUGCGAUGGUACAACUGGAUGAGAACGCUGACAAGGGUACAGAGAAGGUUCUUGGCAUGUGGUGGGAUACAAAGAAGAUAUGA